AUGAGGAAGUUAUCGCUCCUCCUAUUCUUUAUCCAACUUGCUUCAAUCUUCUCAGCCACCAUUGCGCAAGAAGCAGAAUGCAGCAAGGACAAGGCCUGCAAGAAAGGAUGCUGCAGCAAGUUCGGGUACUGCGGCCUUGGCAAGGACUUCUGCGCCGUGGAAAACUGCCUCAAUAACUGCGAGCGCAAGGCAGAGUGUGACCCUGGCAAUUUUGGAAAGGAGUACGUCGAGGCGGAAAAAUGCCCUCUCAACAUCUGCUGCUCCAAGCACGGGUUCUGCGGCACUACAAAGGACUUCUGCGGUAGCCAGACAGUCAAGAAGCCCAGCGAAUGCAACAGCCGAAGAAAGUUCAACCGGGUUGUGGGCUACUAUGAGAGCUGGUCAAUGACCCGCUCUUGCAAUGCGUUUAACCCAGAGAAAAUCCCCAUUGGAGUGUACACGCACUUGAACUUCGCAUUUGCUACCAUCAACCCAACUACGUUCGAGGUGCAACCUGAGUCUGACCAAGAUGUGUACAUGUAUAGACGUCUGGCCAGCUUGAAAAAGAGGGAUCCGGAUCUGAAAAUCCUCAUCGCUCUUGGCGGUUGGACCUUUAAUGAUCCAGGGCCAACUGCAACUACCUUCUCAGACAUUGCAUCAAGUGAAGUAAAUCAGAAGAAGUUCCUCAAGUCUCUCAUUAGUUUCAUGUCGACGUAUGGAUUCGAUGGCCUCGAUCUGGAUUGGGAGUACCCCGGCGCCAAGGAUCGAAGUGGUCGUGAUGUUGACUUCAAAAACUUCCCUCAACUUUUGGCCAACAUCAAACAAGCUCUCAAAGCCUCCGGGAGAGACACACUGAGCAUCACAAUCCCUGCAUCCCUCUGGUACCUUAAACAUUUCGACAUUCAAGCCAUGCAACCCUCAGUGGACUUUUUCAACGUUAUGUCGUACGAUCUGCAUGGGACAUGGGAUUUGAAGAACGAUUGGGUCGGGCCAUAUCUCAAUGCCCACACAAAUCUGACGGAGAUUGAUGAUGCCCUUGAUCUCCUCUGGAGAAACGACAUUAGUCCUGACAAGGUCGUCAUGGGCCUUGCCUUCUACGGUCGCGCCUUUCGAGUCGAAGACCCUUCUUGCACCGAGCCUGGUUGUAGAUACGGGUCCGGCGCCCCGAAGCAACCGUGCAGUCAGGAAGUGAGUGUGAUUCUGAACUCGGAAAUCGCAGAUGUCAUGAAUAGAACGGGGGCCAAGCCAAAAUUAUAUAAGCAGGAAGCAGUCAAAGUCAUUACCUGGGAUAAUAACUGGGUUGCCUACGAUGACGAAGAGACACUUAAAAUGAAGGCAGAGUUUGCAGCCAAAAGGUGCCUUGGCGGCGUCAUGGUGUGGGCUGUCUCCCACGACACGAAGGAUGCAAAUUAUUCGCUCGCACUGGCUCAGUUCGCACCCAGAGAUCAUGUCCUGAUCGAAAAGCCCCAGGACGGGAACACAACAACUUAUACCAGCCAUGAGCAAUGCAAGUGGACCAACUGUCGUGAGGGCUGUCCCUCGGGCUGGAGCACUAUUAAGCGCUCUGACGACAAUGCUCGACAAAACGAAAUCAUGCAGGAUGGCCAAGGGUGUGAUGGCUAUGGCGUUCACACAUUGUGUUGCCCGCCUGGCAACGGAUUACCAUUGUGUGGGUGGUAUGGGCAUCGCAACGGAGAUUGUCAUGGCGAGUGCCCUAGCAGUAUGGUCUCUGUGGCUACCAACAACCAGCAUUGUUAUAGGGCGGGUAUGAUUGGGCUUAGGGGCUAUCAAACAGCAUGCUGUUCCACCGGAUACGGUAUUGGAUCCCAUGGCAAGGUAUUCGACAACAUGAAGCUCCAUUCUCAGUGCGAAUGGGGCGCGUGGCCUUAUUGCGAUGAAAAAUGCACCAGUUCGGAGAAGAACGACCUUGUGUCAAAGUCACGCGAGGGCUCAGGAGGCGCUGUGUGCCUGGCUGGGAAGCAGGGCUACUGCUGCGACAACGACGACGUGAACUGGAAGUGGGACAGCUGCGAGUGGUACAAGGAUUACGGCGACGGCCCUGAGGGGUCGAAAAACUGCAAGCCUGGCUGUCCGUCCAACAAGGUCCGGGUCUCGAUGGAGUCGACCGACUGCAAGAAUGGCGCGUGGGCUUAUUGCUGUUCCGCCACAGCGAGGACACUGGAGAAGCGGUCGAACCCCAUGCUCAAAGUCUACGAAGACUCUUUGAGGACGUAUAUGAAGGAUCCCACCUGCCCAGCGAAUUACACAGAAAGCGAGAGUGGACUGAUGGCAGUCAAGGGUUUCCUUUUCGGGUCAUUUCAAGGGAAUAGCACAUCUAGCUCGGGAUUGGUCCGACGGUCGUCCAGUACAGUUAUCCUCGAAGGCGUAAAGGACGUGGUUGAUAUCCUUAGGGACGACUUUGUGAGCUUGGAUAUCACAAACCUUUGGAACGACGUUGUAGGAUCCCGCUUCGCAAGUCUGACAGCCGCGAACGUCCACGAAUACUUUAGGGAUGACCCAUACUCUCUGAUAGCCAUAGGAGGUUUUUCGAUGGCCGUGACGUAUUUCGUGUGCAACUUUGAAUCAAUGAAUGUUUUGCUUGGGGGAGAUACCAAUAGUCCGUUCAGCUGCACCACGCCGACGAAGAACCCGUGCGACGAGGACGACGAAGAGACGUGGUCCAUCUUUGCCAAUGUACCCAUUAAAUGGGCUACAACGGACGAGAACGGUGUAUCCUUCAGUGGCCAGUAUACAAAGAUUCGCCCAUAUAGCGGGAAUGAGUGGGAUCCGACCGACCCUGUCCAGAGCGUCAUGUAUCAGAGCGUGUAUACUUCGCCGGCGCGAAAUUGCCAAGUCAUCAACAUGCGAAAAGAAGACAUGUUGUCGAAGCGGUUGAACGGUCCCCUUUCCAACGUUGACACUGAACAUCCGAUCGAGGGACAGACAGUAAAGCUGUUUUACCAGGACGGCAUAGCAAGACGGCUCGCGAACGGCAAGAAAUCGGUUCACAGUCUGCCAGGGGACUUCGUCACCAACACGCUCCAAGAUACACAGAUUGUGCUGCAGCUUAAUCCGGUCCCCGACCCUCCACGCGGCCAUACUUCUAAUACAAAUACUGAUUAUCAUUCUCUUGAAAAGCGACUUCUCAAUGCCCUCGGAAGUAGAUUUAACACCGACGUUUUUGUGCUUGCAGACAAAGACCUCAACUGUAUGAAAGAAAAGCUUUGGGCGGGCGACGCCCCAGUAGGGAAAAAACUCAUGGAGAGCUUGCUGACGCAUGACACUGGCGAUGCCGAUAUUGUUUUGACUUACAUACGUAAUGUUAUCGGAAUCGUUUCUUAUCUGAACGAUGACACGCUCCACACCAAGAUGAAGAACAUCAUCAUGGAGUUUCGCAAACAGCUGCGCGUGGCCGAGCGAGCCCACCUGGCGCGCACGGGUGUCAAGGUCGAGGCCGUGGCCUUUUUCGACGAGUGGAUGCCGACGCUUUUCGAGCGCAUCCGGGGAGACAUGAUUUCCUUUGCCACGACAUGGUGUGACAAGCUGGACGCCGCCUGGCAAAACGUUCCCCAGGCGCAGGGCAUAAUCCAACAGACGACGCACCUGAGAGCCUCUGCGACGGCGACGAGGACCAUAAUCAACCAGCGAAACUUUUACGAUCCCGUAUGA